CGCGACCAGCGCGCGGUCUCCAUGGUAACCGGCACCCGCACGCCAUCCGCCAUCACUCGCGGGGUUCCCAGCCCCAGCGUCUCCUCGUCGGUGACCGCGCUGCAGAUCUUGGCUCGGCCACCUCAAAAAUGUGAACCUGCAAGUUGGUUGCGCUGCAUCCACAGCGGCAGUACACGACAGCGGCGGCAGAAGAAGGAAGGAGGAGAAGAUGUUCUCGGACGCGUCGAACGAGGCGGCCGCGAGCUGCACCUCCUCGUCCUGGCAGCGGCAGCGGCAGGGCCCUCGGGCCCGGGCUGACGCGGCCGCCCAGAGCGAGCCGCCGCAGAGCCGCGACGCCGCGAGCCAGGCGAGGCGCUGCGUUACGCGCGGCUCGCAGACGGCCGCGAGCCCCGAGGCGGGCUCGCGGCGUCACGGGCGCGGAGCCACGGGUGCCGACGACGACGAGGGCGGCCUCCUGGCGUUCCUGCUCGCCGUCGAGCCCGUGCUGAGCGAGCAGCUGCGCAUGAACGCCACGAGCCAGGCGUUUGACGGCCACGAGGUGGCCUGGACGGAGCGCGGAGAGGAGAUCUCCUGCUUGCAUGAGCUGAGCUGCGCAGAGGCGAAGACUCGAGGGCUGGCUGCGACUGCCGUCGGUUGGAGCUGCACAGGAGCCAUGAUUGGUGUGGCCUUUGGACGACUGAAUGACGGAGAUUGGACUGUGGAGAACUCGAUGAUCUGCUUGUGGAAUGUGUGCCGGAGAGGGCUGAUCCCAGACAUGCCUGAUCGCACAUUGGAUGUUCCAGGCUGCCUGCUGUGCCUCUCCUUCCACCCCACAUGGCCAGCGGUCAUUGCAGGUGGUGCAAGCAGCGGAGAGGUGUUUGUAUGGGACACAUCGCAGGAGGAAGAUCCACUCCUGGCUCAUAGUGGCGUAAAUGCCACUACACACCAGCAGCCCGUGACCCAGGUGCAGUGGGUCCAUUCUCCAGGUCAGAGUCGGGUGCUGUUGCUCAUGUCGGCUGGGUUGGAUGGGUGCGUGAUGACCUGGAGAGUGGAGCUGAGCACAAGGAAGAUCACACCAAACAACAGGGUUGUGCUCCUAGCAAAGCAUCUUCCCAGCACCUCCACCCUUAGCAAAGUACAAAGUGAGCUGCCUCUGGGCAUCACGGCAUUCUCACUCUCGGAGGACUCAUCCAUGUGCGUGGCUGGGCUGGAGGGCGGGCAGGUGGUAAGGUGUCUCCUGGAGCCUCUCGAGCAACCAACUCGAAAAGACCAGCCGCCUUUAAACAGGAAGAGCCCAGCCUUGUUCCCCUUCGUGAAGCACCAAGGACCGGUGUACGCUGUUAACUUCUCUCCUUUCAACAGGAACGCGUUUCUGAGCGGCGGCAUAGACGGGCAGGUGCGCGUGUUCUCAGCGCUGCUUCAUGACCCCGUUCUCGUGGUGCGCGCCGCAACCUCCUACGUCCUGGCUGCUGCAUGGUCGCCCGCACGGCCCCUGGUGCUCGCCGCAUCAACUGCAGAAGGUGAACUACUCUUAUUUGACUUGGCCAUUAAGGACAGUGGUCCGGUACACUGCAUACAAGCAAGUCCAAGUUUGAGUCCAGUCUCCUGCCUUGCCUUCAACCCAAAGCAACCGGGACUUUUGGCAGUGGGUUUACAGUCUGGAGCAGCGCGUGUCUGGACCCUGCCUUCGGAGUUAAUUGUCCCCGGAGUUCACGAGACGGAUCGUCUUAAGCAGUUGGUCAGUGCAACGAGCGACUGAAGUGUUCAGACUAAAGCCUAACUAGAUUCCACGUGCACGAUGCACUUGAUCAACGUCUCUUAUUGUCGACUUUGAACAUGGACCGAUAUUUUGGUGUUGAAAAUGUUAAAAUAAACGUCGCACGAAUUGAAAAUUCUUGAGACACACUUGGGGAGGUUUAGCACUCACGAAUUGCCAACACAUGACCAUCAACAUCACAAGAUAGAAAACAGAAGCACGCAAACAUAACCAGUCAAGUAAACAGAUUUUAUUUGUAUACAGAAAACCAGGCUUCAACUUCAGUAGCAACAUAGGAGCAUAUGCGAUUUCAUCCGUGCGUUUUGAGGUAUCGCGAUGUUGUCGUAUUCACCAUGACCGUUUCGAUAGCCAGUCGUCACCCCUACGGCACGAAUCACUUCCUGACGCUGAAAAUUUCGCUGGAGAGCUUCCUCACAAAUUACAGUGCCUCCCCUGAAAAACACCCAAUUACAAAUCACGCGAGCGACAGCACAACGCGUUGAUAUGCGUGCAACUCGACCCAUUGGUGGAACACUGUUUAAACAAAAACAAAAGGGAACAUUGCUUGACCAGCAGAUAUUUGUGUACAUUCACGAUUGUAAUUGCCAGCUCAAGGAAUAAGUAGUAGUAAGCAUGUUGUAACCAACUUUUCUGAAAUAUGCAAAGGUUUGUUAAAGGGCACAUUCAAUGCAGCUGUGGUAAAUUAAAAUAGAUGCAGAUACAAGCAUCACAACUAAAUUAAAACUAAACCUUUUAUUGUUUUGCCAGGUAAGAUCCACUGAGAUAAAUAGGUCUUUUUCAGAAGCGACCUGGCCACAAAUUAUAUCUCAACGAAGUGGCUUAGCAUCGUGUGGAAUUUUAUAGCUGCCAAAUAUUCUAAAUGCACGUCGAUUCUAAAUGUGUGGGGAAUAAACUGGAGGACAUGGAGAACAAUCCACGCGACCACGAGGAGUGACAUGCAAACUCCAAAUAUACAACAGGUGUCAGUGUCGGGAUCGAAACCACGACCUCCUGUAUACCAGGCGAGGAAGUUAAUAUCUCCUAGCCACCGUGAUAUUUUAUGUAACAGAUGCACGGCAAAGUGGGCUUCUUCUGGGCACGAUAGCAAGUAGUCCAUGGGCCAGAGCAGAAGUCAGUACCACCUAAUGUAGCAAAACCUUAGCUGUAACCAUGUAUUUAUGGCAAAUAAUAGUGGAUUAUUUUAUAAUAGGAGACAAUUACUUUAUUAGUAAAUAUGUUGCUUGAUAACCCACUCAUUUGAAAUGGUCGUAAUUCACCGGUAUUGGUCACGUAGAGAAAUUGGAGCCGAUUAAGUUAUGCCACCUCAGGUGGUAGUGACAAGUGAAAUAUCUGGCCUAGGCUCAUGGACAAAAAAGCAGUUAAAUGUCGGCCUCAGACUCGCUCAGUAUGAAUAGUUUGGGCAGCAGGUUGUAACAGCUUGCUUCGUUCCACACAAAAGUAACUAACUUAACGGCUCAGCCCAAACUAUUUUAAUGCUUUGGUGUUUGCAUUGCCCUUGUACUGCUCGCAUUUUGGCAGCCACUGGUGAGAUGAUGCCACAAAGGAGGCCGUCUCUGGUGCAGGCCAAUCAAUUUCAAGCACUGUUUGCGUUUUAUACCACUAGGAUGUGUGGUCGCGCAUAUUACCAUGCCUGGCAAUAGGUGUCUACUUGGGUGUCUCAACUUCUUAACACCUGUAGUUACACUUCUCCAGAGGUGUUGUCUCAAUACUCAUAUUCUCUGCUUCUGUAGAACCCAGAAGCACAAUUGUCAGCUUCAGUAAACGUUAAUAGAGUAUAAAUUAAGGAGUUUGCUUGAUCAGUAAACAAUUAUUAAUGCCUGUACAAAUGACUUUACAUUCCAAAAGUCAAACACUGCAACAUUACGGUAUAUUUUUGUUUCUGAUAAAGUAUGACAAUUUUUUUUUUUAUAAAGCUGUGCUCUUGUGGAAUACUUUCAUGUUGACAGCAGCGCAUGACUUAUUCAACUUUGCCCAAUGUGCCAUUGCCCAUCAUCAUGAGUCGCGCGACGUGGUUGGUCGUGAGAAAGGAGGCGACGGCCGCGAUUGGGGUUCAUCUUUACGUCCGUGCUUUCGUCACCCUCCAUACGGAAAUGGCGCAAAAAAUAACACGGGGAGGGGAAUUUGUCCAGAUGAUUGCCGAUGGAAUCGCGGACUCGACAACGCAAGUUGUGCACGCACGAGACGCUCUCGAGGAUCGGCACUCUAAUUGGAUUUAAGGUUGGCAGCAUUUUUAUCGCUCACCCUGUUCAUCAUUGAAGACAAAUGCUCGGAAACACCGUGGGAAGGAACUUUCUGGGUUUUUUGUUGUUGUUGAAUACUGCGAGUACAAAAUACUGGUCUCAUAUUUUAGCUUUGAAGCCGGCAGAAAAAGCCAAGAAACUCGGACACAUUCAAGUAACUUCAGAGAUUCUUAUGCCAUUACCAAAGUACAAAAUAACCACAAGUGAAAACAUUUCAAAACCAGCCACAGCAAGCCAGGAUUCUUUGGUUCAUUGUAUCUGCCCUAUAAAAAUGACCUCAAACUGUACGUUCAUUAUGGUUCACAAAGACUAUUUGGGGGCAUUGUAUAUUUAAACAAAGGGUAGGUUUUUUUUUUACAAUCUUUUUAAAACAAGGCUACAAAUUUUUGUUCUACUUUAUAACUUGAUAUGGAUAUUGGAUAUAAAAUACUUUUACAAAGAUGAUUACAAGGAAAUUAAAACAAAUUAUACAGUGGAAUUCAACAGGGUGAUUUUGGCUUUUAUUUGUACUUUUUACACUUAUCGUUUUAUCUUGAUCUAAUAGUACGAAAACAAACGAAGCUAAGUGACAAUCCUAAAGGUCAGCCACGGUGGCACGCAAGUGAUCCUUCAUAACCUCGUAGCCGAUUGGAUUCUUCCAAGAUAAAUAAAGAUUCUGAUGCCUAUGAGAAGCGUCUGUUUCCGAUGUAUACAGAGCAUACACACUGAGAUGUCAGCACGUACAACAAAUGCAUUAAAGCUCAACGUUAAGUGGUUAUCAAAGUUAUCAAAACGCACUAAUAAAUAUUUUACAAGAUGCCACAUUUGCCCAAAAAGGUUUCCCAUUAAAAACAAUUCUCGCCCUAAAACAAAAAUAAAUCCGCAUUUUGUAUCAGGCUUGCAAACUGACCUUGUGUUUGCCUGUGCUAUAAAAACAUGAAAAUCGCAACUAGAAUUCGUACGCACAGUCGCGGAGGUUCGAAAGCACAUGAGCGCGUGGAUGCUGUGAUUUAAAAUACGCACUCUCGUAAAGGAGCAUCACAGUGCACAUUCUUCCAGGCCACAGUAGCGCAUUAAACAGAACCUUGGACUUACACAACUUCACGUCUAAAAACACAGCCGGCUGUAUAAGGCACACAGGGGCUGCUUUGCUUUAUUGCAUCAAGCGAUGAACCAUUUCUUUCUCCGUGUAUGGACCGUACGUUGAAUUUCUUUCGCACCGUACGUACCCAACCGUGCGAAAUGUAGGCGAGAAUGAUGGACUUGGGUUGCAGUGCAUCACAGAUAAGACUCCAUCAGCUGUCAUUUGUAUUGUAAUGAGUGUUGCAAGCUGAAAUCUCAUCUUGCUUAUCUGUCCAUAUUUGCACCACCCCCACUAACUGAAGUCUCGUGUCCCACGUGUCUCAUUCAGUGUACUCAAAACACCACUAGCAUGGCAAUAAAAUAUUGCCCCUUAAUGUGGAACGGAAUCUUG